AUGCCACUAGGAUUACUUGAUCUUCCAUUUGAAAUUAUCAUCCGUAUACUAAAGCUUCUCCCAACUGAAACAGUAAAGAGGUUGCAGGACAUUCCGCAACUUCGUCAGCUUGCCUUGAGUGUUUUAUAUGAAACAGUGAUAAUUGAUGUCGACGAAACAGAAACAUUAAUCAGCAAUAAAUACAACGCUAAACCAAUAUCUGGAUAUUUUCACACCGGAAAUAAUCGACCAUGGACCAUUUCCUAUAAUCAAUUUCUUCAAAUGAAUAAUGAUUCGAGGGUUUCAUUUGUCAAACACAUUAUUAUCAAAGAUCCUGAAGCCUUGUUUCAUUUGCGUGAAAAGUUCCCAUCAGCGCCUAAAGAUAUUAAUAUAACCAUUGAUUUCAGCUAUCUUCGUGAUGUUACGACUGAUGUGGACGUGAAUUGCAUUAUAUCAAAAUGUAUUGAGCUUGAGUAUAAUAUUGUCAAGAUUAUUUCUUACGGUACUUUCAACCCUACCGUACUUUAUAUUCCGGGUCGAACAGAACUACCGGAUGCGAGACUAAUGUCUAACAAAGAAGUAUUGGGAAUCAAAAAGUUGGUGGCAUUUACAAAUUUAACAAAUCUUGACUUGUAUUAUGCUAUUGACAUGGAAGAUUUACAUUGCAUUCCCAAAUCAGUGAAGCAUUUGUCGUGUUCUGUUAUGGAGAGCCCCGAAUCCGAGUCUACUAGAUUGAAUUUACCAAUGGGGUUGGUUUCUUUGCGUAUUUCUUUUGAAGCUACAGAUGUAAACACCUCAGGAUACCUUGGCGAUAUAUCUCAUUUGGAAAAUCUAAGAGAAGUGCAUUCAGAUUUUCCUUCUAAUUUGAAGCUUCCUAAGAACUUAAAGUCUAUUGAAGCAACCAUUGGUGGUGAUCUAGAUCAAAUAAUAAAUGAAUGCCCACGGUUAGAGGUAACGAAAUAUAAUGGCUUCACAUAUCAGAAACUCCAUGACCUACCUUCCAGUUUGAAAGUUAUCGAAGGGGCAGCCAAUUUUGUAGAAUACUGCAUUAAUCGUGCUUUAGAAAAGAAAUCAGAUGAACAUAUUAAUAAGAAACAGAGAAAAGAGGAUGAUAUAAAAGUGAUUAGAUUUCCUUCAAUGCUAGAACGUUUAAAAUUGGAGGGCUGGCUGGAAAAUGGCGGGGUUACAAGAGAAGCAUUAGAAGCAGCUAGUUUGGAUUUUCAAUUGUUUUCAAAUUCAGAGAGUGUGGUAUUGAAAAAUUUAACUAAUUUGGAUUUAAGGGGAAUAUCCUGGCUAAAAAGAAUUUGUCAAUUCCCAAGGUCUUUAAAAAGAUUAAAAUUAUGCCAUGUUCGAGGUGUUAAUUAUCAUGAUUUGAAGAACUUGUCUAGUUUAGUUCAGUUUUCUUUGACUGACAAAUCGCAAGACUAUUUUGAUUAUGAGUUACCUUCUAGUUUGUUGCAAUUAGAGUUACUUGAUUGUCAUUUUAGGACAAUCAAGAUAUAUGCUGAUAACCUCCAGUUCCUAGUAUUACACAACAAUAAGCUUAAGCGAGUGAAUGACUCCUCCCUUUGUAUUCCUGAAAGUGUUCAAGAGUUGGAUUUAAAAGGCAACAAUAUCAAAAGAAUUGAACUGUCAUUCAGGUUCCCCAAAGGUUUGGUACUGUUGUCGUUCAUGAAUGAAUCAUUGACUCUGUUUCCAAAAAUUCCAUCCAGUCUUAAAGAGUUCUUGUUCAUAGAAAAUGAUCUUAAGAAUUUAAAUCACGAGAUCAAGUUUCCCCCAGACUUGGAAGAGAUAGAUAUACAAGGAAAUACGUUUCAAUGUGAUCCUGAUUUUUCAAAGUUUAACUUUUCGGCCUGUACAGUAUUAAGAAAGUUGCGCUUCUCCCAUAUACGUUUCAUGGAAUCGAGUGGCACAUUGAAUAUUCUAUUGGACAAAUUACCGAAGUCACUAAUCUCACUCGAACUUGAAGAUUCUCAAGCAAACAUCAUCGGUAACUUUAAUCACUUCCCAAAUCUUGAAGAACUUGAUUUGAGAGAUAUUAACAAGCUAAUUGGAACAUUUAAUAUAAUAGAUGGAAUUCUAGAAGAUGUAUAUUUACCUGAUACUAUCAAGGAAAUCUGGAUCAACGAGGACACUUUCUCCAAUGAUAAUUUUGAUAGAUUUGUGAAUAUUCUCAAACAUAAGCUAAACUCCGAGUUUAUGAUUGGUCUAAGAGUUAGUUCCUUCGAACGUGGUUUCUUUAAUAAAUGCAUCACAUAUUAUAAGUGA